AAAAGGUUUUCUGCGGUAUUACGGAGGAGAGCGGGUUGGUGAGGGGCUGCUGCCUGCUGGUGGUGGGGUGAGUCGUCAGUCAUGUGUCAAGGAAAUGGGAGUCGGGGUAGGUGAGGGAGAACUCCAGUCGUCUCUUCUUCUCUUCUCUAUACAUACACAUUCGUAGGACUCCACGUUUUUUAAAGAACCAACACCCACCAUACCAACCCAACCUCUCUCUCUCUGCCAUCGACGGUAAUGGCGUCAUCUCUCUCCUCCAAACAAUUUGUAAGGGGUCCGAGGUCGGACGGUGGUGCUGGUUUUGGAUUCCAUGUCUCGGAUCCACGGAAAUUAUUUCCUCCAACACUCCACAUCUCUUUCCGACGCACAGCUCCUCCGAGGAAGCUCCAGGUGCAGGCAGUUGGAAGUACAUUUGGGAAUUUUUUCCGUGUGACAACAUUUGGAGAAUCUCAUGGGGGUGGUGUUGGUUGUAUAAUUGAUGGAUGCCCUCCUAGGAUUCCCCUCACAGAAGCAGAUUUGCAAGUUGAUCUUGACAGAAGGAGGCCAGGUCAGAGCCGAAUUACUACCCCAAGAAAAGAGACUGAUACUUGCCGUAUAUAUUCUGGAGUAACUGAAGGAUUGACAACUGGGUCUCCAAUUAUGGUCAAAGUACCAAAUACCGAUCAAAGAGGACAUGACUACAAAGAAAUGUCAAUAGCAUAUAGGCCUUCUCAUGCAGAUGCAACCUAUGACUUUAAGUAUGGUGUGAGAUCUGUACAGGGUGGUGGGAGAUCUUCAGCAAGAGAAACUAUUGGAAGAGUUGCUGCCGGAGCUGUUGCAAAGAAAAUUAUUAAAGCCUUUUCAGGAACUGAGGUUCUUGCAUAUGUCUCUCAAGUGCAUAAUGUCGUUCUUUCUGAGGGCUUGGUUAAUCAUGAAACUUUGUCACUUGAAGAGAUAGAAAGCAAUAUUGUCAGGUGCCCAGAUCCAGAGUAUGCUGAGAAGAUGAUUGCUGCCAUUGAUGCUGUCCGAGUGAGAGGGGACUCUAUUGGUGGUGUUGUGACCUGCAUCGCAAGGAAUGUUCCUCGUGGGCUUGGCUCACCAGUCUUUGACAAGCUUGAAGCAGAGCUGGCUAGAGCUUGCAUGUCACUGCCUGCAACAAAGGGGUUUGAAUUUGGGAGUGGAUUUGCAGGUACACUUUUGACUGGUAGUGAACAUAAUGACGAGUUCUAUAUAGACAAAAAUGGAAGAAUUAGGACAAGGACAAAUCGGUCUGGUGGGAUACAGGGGGGAAUAUCUAAUGGGGAAAUCAUAAACAUGAGAAUUGCUUUCAAACCAACGGCCACCAUUGGAAAGAAGCAGAACACUGUAACUAGAGAGAAACAGGAGAUAAAACUCCUAGCACGUGGUCGCCAUGAUCCUUGUGUUGUCCCUCGAGCUGUGCCAAUGGUGGAAGCCAUGGUAGCCAUGGUGCUAGUAGAUCAAUUAAUGUCACAGUAUGCACAAUGCGAGCUGUUCCCCGUCAAUCCAUCCCUACAAGAACCUACGGAAUCUCUAGUGGCCCAGCCUAAAUGACCCAUCCGCCUGAAAGGUGCUUAAUAUUUCUUCAUAGUCUGGUUUUUCUUUUUUUUUGGUGCACCAAUAACCGUUCGGGUGCAUAAUUUUGUAAUAGUAACAAGGUAGAAUGCAUAUCCUCCAUAUUUCCAUUUUUUAUUUAAUCGAACUCUUGGUAAAAUAUAAUACUGUCCUGUGAGAAGGGAGUCGCAAGUUAGAGUGUGAUGUUUUGGCCAUUGUAUUUGUAUGUUCCCUGCCCCUUCUCGUACACAAACUAGAUUUUACCUUCGUUUUUGGAUCCAAAUUCCCCAAUGGUAGUUUGUUGUGGUUAUUUCUGAUAUUUGAAAAUAAAAUGGUAUGAGAAAUCUAUUCUGGAAGA